CCAGGUGAUAUUAUGUGCAAGUUAAUAACAUCUCUUUCUCCACCAAACCACCCUUUUACUUGAAUAAUUAUAUACUAAUUUUAUAAACACAAAGCAUGUUAUUUGGAUAAUGAUGCCAGGGUAACUGCAACAAAAUUGGUGAAUGUCUGAGUAGGAAAAUUGAAUUUAUACCUGGUGCUGUCUUUUUCUGGUGGUUUUGGAUUCCUUGGGUUGCCCUUAGUAUGUUUAGGUGUUUUAAAUACCCUAAGAGUGUCUUGAAUUUAUUUUAUCCAGAGUAUAGAUUCGUAUUCCUCCAGUCAAGAUGUGUUAAAAGCCUAUUGCCUAAUUUUCUUUAAUUUUACAGAGAACAAUAGACUAGCCACUAAGAACAGUUAUUAAAAAUUGUCAGUUUUCAACUUAAAAUCUAUGAACGUUUGGUAUUUCCUUAAACGUUUGGGGAAACUUUUUUUUUCCCCCAGUUGUAUUUGCCUUAUUUUAAAAUUUGUUUUUAUGUGUUAUUUAAAAUUUAGUAAGAAUACAGUGUCCUAAAUUCUAAAAAUCAUUUUUGUACCUUUUUUUUGCCUUGCCACAGUGAAGGCCAGCAGACAUACACAAGAAGAUGUUUGUUCUUUAUACCAGGAUUUGACAAUGGACAUGAGAACAGUUGCCAUCUUGCCCAGCUUUGGCAUAAUCAUACCAUGUUUUCCUAACCAGUCAGUCAGAUAAGUUGGAGGGGUAAACGUGAGGGGUUUUACAUUUCUCUAGAAGCUCCCAGAUUGAGGCCUUUGUUUGCUUAUUAUGAGAAGGUGCUUGGUUAGAGUUUUCAAAGGAGGUUAUAACCUUUGAAGGAGCUCUUCGUAGCCUGAGAAGUUAUUUUAUUUCUACUUAAAGAAUCAGGUCUUUAUAGUCUUACUUAGUUAUUAUGUGUUCAUCCGUAAACAUUUUCAACUCUAGAAUUUGUGCUCAAGAAGUAUAAGUGGCAAUAAUAUCAAAUACCACUUUAAAUGGUGUUUAGCCCCAAAGAAGAGAUAAAUGUUGGAAUUGCUGUAAUAUUUCAGAUCACAUCAUUAAUGAAAUCACUGCAUUUAUACUGAGUGGUAACAAUCAUUGUUGCAUAUUUUUCCAAUUACUUGAGAACCUUCUGUGUUUGGUUGCUGGAAUGUUGCCAUGGUCACGUUCUGUGCUGGGUAUGGAGUGGUGCACUGUGGAAUCAGUGGCAACCCAGGACACCCAGGCUUGGAAUUAGGCUAUCUGAGAAGUCUGCAUUGUGUUGAAGCCACACUUGACAUGGACCAGAAGGUUCUGAAGAAACUGGUGGAAUCCAUCAGUAAUACUGUCAAGAGCUUAAAAAAAAGUGAAGUAGAGUGUCUCAUAAGAAUUUUUCACAGCUUGGUGGAAAGAGCUGUUGUAAGACUUGAUAACACUGGACUAGAUCAUAACACAUUUCGAGCCAUCCUGCACAGCAUAUUUGGAAUGACUGAUGAUAUGCUAAUGAAUAGGGUAUUUUUUGCAUUUGACAAAGAUAACUACAUAAAUGUGAAAGAGUGUGUUAAAGGAUUAUCAGUGUUUUUUCGAGGGACUUUUGAAGAAAAGCUGAAGUUCUGUUUUGAAGUUUACUGUUUCAAUGGUGAUGGUUACAUUUCUCGAGAGAAAACGUUUGACAUGCUGAACAGUCUACACCAACAGUCACCUGAAGAAGAUACUGAUGAAGGAAUAAACGAGUUGGUGGAUAUAACACUGAAGAAAAUGGAUUAUGACAGCAAUGGCAAGAUAUCUUUUGCAGACUUUGAAAAAGCAGUGAAAGAAGAUAAACUUUUGUUGGAAGUGUUUGGACCAUGUUUACCAGAAGCAAAGGUACAGUACCAGCAGCCAAACUGGUUGAAGGAAAAUUUCAAAGGAUCAGAAAAGAAAUGCUUGCUAGACACUUACCUCUGCAGGACUUCAACACACUACUGAAGUUCGGGCAACCAUGAAGAUCUCAGCCCCAUCCUAACAUUUGGGACCCAAGACAGUAGUGACUAAUUAUAUUCAAGACCUUUUUUGAGCUUGUAACCACCUUAGCCAUAUACAAUUCCUAAUUUCCUGUAAAUAUUUUCCCCCAAAAAACCCGAGGUAUAUUGGCUUGCUUAAGGGAUAGAACAGUAAAUAUAGAGUGGAUUCAGCAAGUACCCACCAUAAACUGCUAGGAGGAAACUUGAUCUCUUUCUCUUGUUUGUUGUCAAACAAUGAGAAUAAAUUAAGCUUUUAAAAUUUUGGACACGUAUAGUACUUUAUAGUAUUUUAUUUGUGCUCAUGAAGGAUUUUCGAGUAUGAAUAUGACAAAGGUUUUCUGAGCCAGAAGAAUCAGCCUGAUAAUUAAUUUCACUAAUUAACAUUUCCUUUUUUUUUUUUUUUUUUUUUUGCGGUACGCAGGCCUCUUACUACUGUGGCCUCUCUCAUUGUGGAGCGCAGGCUCAGUGGCCAUGGCUCACGGGCCCAG